AUGAACACACCCAAUUCUGUUGCGAUCGGAUGGGUUUCGUUAAUAAUAGCCGGUGGGGCUGCAUAUUAUUUUGCAAAGAAAGAAAUAAAUGCUCGUCGACGAGAACAAGCAGCCGACAAUAGACGUCCGACUGAAAAGCUUGAAUGGUGGGAGAAGCUUGAACAGCAGGAAAAAGAGAAAGAACGACAUUCUACAGGGAAGGGAAAUACUUCGGGAUCAUCACGUCCAUCCGGGUAA